AUGUCGUCUUAUACGCGAAAAAAUGGUCGAUCACCGUACUACAUAAAGAAAGCAGUCCAAUCAAUACUUUCUCAAUCAUAUACCAACUGGCAACUGUUUGUUACUGGCGACAAAUAUGAAAACGAAACAGAAUUUCGCUCCCUAUUCACAAGCAUACCGUCAUCAAAGUUAUUUCUACACAAUCUACCGGAACCUGGAGAACGAGGUAGUCUAACUGGCUAUGCAUUAUGGCAAAGUGGUGGUGUUAAAGCUAUGAAUAAUGCAUUACAGCGUGCUGAACAGCAUUACAAUAAUUGUGAAUUAAAUUGUAAAAUAUAUUUUACGAAUCACGAUGAUGACGAUGUCUGGUCUAGCGAACAUCUAAAUGAACUACUUUCAAUCUUCAUGCGUUUUCCAUCGGUUGUUUUUGCAUGGACUAAAGGAUACUUUUGUAAUAAUGGUGGAAACCCAUAUCCAUCUACUCUAGUUCCACAAGACAAAGUAAAUAAUUGGCCUGAACGUUUCGGUGGUAAUAUAUUGCACUCUGCUUGGUCAUGGAAUAUGAAGGUAUUUCGAGGCUUCCGAUAUCGUGGACAAUGGGAUUUUCCGCCAAAUUUUCAAGGAAUAAAAAUAGCAGAUUAUGAUUUAUUUGAGUUAGCACGUGCACAUAUUGCAAGAAAAAAUUUAGAUUACUAUCACAGCAAUCGAGCUACAAUCGAACAUCUCGUCGAAAUGGGAAAAUCAUGCAUUAAAAAUGGAUCAUUAUGGUAUCCUGACUAA